AGGUGCCUAAUGCAAUACCUUACCUAAGGGAGGUACACCUAUUAUACAUGUACGUAAUCUCAGCUCAAUUCGCUCCACCUCAGCUUUCUUACACGUCCGAAUUCCAAAUUCCCCAAGACGCCGCACUUGAAUUACCACUUUACAUCAAAUUACAAUCACUAUGAGUUCUACACUCACAGGGCGCCAAUAUGAAUAACUCUAAUUACUUAUGAUGCUGUCGGUUUCACCAUGGCUUCCGAACUUUCAAGCGACAAAAGCUCGCUAAGACCUUUCGGUGCCGGACCAUUCGUGCUUCGAACCCUCUUCGCCGAUGUCCCACUAUCAGAAGAUGGAACAAGAGACGACAUACGAAUUAACUGUGUCGAAUACUUAGAUAACCACUUAUACGUAGGCACGUCCGACUCGGAACUUCUUCACUUCUUUCAGAUACCCCCAGAUCCUGCAGAUAAAUCUAACGCCCCGACCUUCAUCCUUGCCUCAAGACUACGCCCUCCCUUUGCCGAAUCAACAGCGGCAUCAUAUUCUACAAGACCCGGUGUUCAGCAGAUACUAUUACUCCCAGCCGUUAACAAGGCUUGUAUUUUAUGCAACUGGACUGUCACCUUCUAUUCGCUCCCAGAACUAAGCCCUGUCUUUGGUGGAACACAGGUUAAAAAUUGCAAUUGGGUAGGCGGAAUAGAUCUCAACGAAUUAAAUUCUGGCCAAGAUGGACGAGAAGAGCCCGCAGGCGUUACCAUACUGCUAUCGCUCAACCGGAAGAUCCAGGUGGUGAACAUAGCUGAUAGGGCUCAACCUAUCAAGAAGAUCGACUUCGCGGGAAGCACAAUUUCCAUAAGGAGAGACUCGAUUGCCUGUGUAGCAGACUCACGCAGCUAUGCCUUGCUCGAGAUUAACCAUCAGUUAAAAAUUCCCCUGAUGUCUAUUUCAUCACUAGACGAAGCUGAACCAGGAAAUAUCGUAGGUCAAGCCCAGCAUAUUUCCGGAAGUUCAGGAGGUGGAUUAAAUCGCAGCAACUCCUCUGGACAGGCUCGCCUGCAAACAGAAAGUCCCGAGCCCCCCGCUCAUCGACGAGGAACAAGUUUAGGUGACUUUAUAACGGGCGCCAAUCGAAAACAGGAACAUGAUACUGCCGAGGAUGAAGAGCCGGUCUUGCGACAACCAACUCCGUCCGAAUUAACGGCCAGCCAAACCUCACCUGAUGACACGAAUGUUCAAGCGUCAGGUAAAGCGUCAGAAGGCCAAGCGGGUCGAACAGUUCCAAUGUCCAAGCCGAGGUCAAGCCUCUUAAAACCUCUCAUCGUAUCUCCAACGCCGGAGGAAUUCUUGCUAGUCACUGGUACGGACCCAUUGGAACCAGGCAUUGGCAUGUUUGUAAACCUAGAUGGUGAUCCUACAAGGCCUACCCUUGAGUUUGAUCGAUAUCCUAAAGAGAUUGUUGUCGAUGGAGGUUCAGCAGACUCAUCUUCGUCGCGUGCCUCGCUUGCUUUGGACGAGGAGGGAUUUGUUCUUGCGUCAAUGGGCCGAGACUUUCCUGACGGCGUCCAUUAUGGUCUGGAAAUCCAACGCUGGGAUACUAACGCGGCCGAAGGCGAAGUCUCCAAAUAUUGGCUUGAACCUCCAAAUGUCGACUCGGUGGCCAACUCCGCACAAGACAUAGGAAUUCGGACAUUACGCGGGUUAGAAGAGACUCAUUUCCCGGAAAUUGUCGAUAGAUUAUGUCGGAGGAGAUUUCUCCCUUUUUUAGCGGAUAACCCAAGUGCUUCGACAAUUUCUUUGCGGACAACCGACUCUAGAACAGCAUCCUCCAUGGAGAGGAUGUCUAAAGAGAGAGAACUUUUUGAUAGGGAUACCGAUUCCCAGAGUGAGGAGUCAUUUCCCGAUGGUUGGCAGGCGACACGUAAUGCUGAAGAGGAAGAAUAUGCUCGCCGCCUCGCAGGAAGCACGGCUCGUUUAGCUGUGUGGUCUGGAAAGAAUAUAUGGUGGGCUAUUCGAAAUCCGUUAAUAUUACAAUUAGAUGCACAGCUAGAAACGACGAUCUCGGCGUCACACCAGGCGUCUACUGAACGAAAAAAAUUAUUCAGCAUUCUAAAUUCGUUCCGAGGUCAAGACGCCAAGUCCGAAUUGGAGUUUUUAACGUUCAAUUACAUACGGCAACGAGUAGGUAUACUCUUAUUAACGAGCUUCCUUAAGUCAGAAGAUACCCCUUUCUCGGAAUCAGACCUCCGAGCCAUGGAAGAGAUUUUAGUUGAUAGCCUUCUUGACCCUCGAGUCGUCCUCUCCUUGAUACCUGGAGCUCGUAACGAGGUAAUCGAGACAAAACGAGGCAUAUGGAUAUUCGGAGGCGUAAAAUCGACAGCUGAAGAAUUCAUAUCGAACAGGGAAUUCCCUAAAGAAAAUUCAACUAUGAGCGCAUUAUCGCAGCCAGUACUGCAUUUCCUGAGACGUUUCCUUACCGCCUGGCGACGCAAAAAGGGCUUCGGUAGCAUACCGGACGAGAGCGAGGUUUUCCGCACAGUCGACGCAGCCCUACUUGCCGUCCUCCUCGAACUCGAUCAGCAUUCAGCUACUGGCCCAGCCAAAGCAAGGUCAAUUCGGGCAGAUUUAUACGAGCUCGUGGACACAGGGGUAGGCUGUUUCAGCAGAGCAGAAACGUUGAUUGAAUCUUACCACCGUCUCUACGUGCUUAGUAGACUCUACCAGAGUCGUAAGAUGGCGGGAGAAGUCUUAGCUACUUGGAAACGCAUCAUCGAGGGUGAACGGGAUGAUGGGGGUGAGUUAACCGACGGCGAACAGCGAGUACGCGAAUAUCUGUCAAAAAUUAGCAACCAAAGUCUGGUCCAGGAAUACGGGAUCUGGCUUGCGAAUCGAAACCCGAAGCUUGGUGUCCAGAUAUUUGCUGAUGAUAAGGGCCGCGCCCCGAAGUUCGAACCUACCCAAGUGGUUCAACUUCUCAGAGAAGAGGCCCCCAAUGCAGUAAAGUAUUAUCUGGAGUACCUUGUAUUCGGUAAGGGCAAUACUGUGUACGUUAACGAGCUGAUCAUGUACUAUUUGGACAUUGUGAUCACUCGUUUUCGGACAUCGCCCGAAGCUCGAGAUGUAGUAAUGUCUACGUAUACGGCAUAUCGUGCUCUCCAGCCCCCAAAACCCACAUACCGCCAAUUCUUAACGGACAAUGUCCCAGCCGAUGACGAGGCGUGGGUUAGUCGGUUGCGGCUCUUACAGUUGCUUGGUGGUAACCAUGACUUUGAUUUGGCAGUUAUCAGGGAUCGGAUUGCAAGUUUGAAUACAGCAGCCGAAGACCUUCUCGUACCUGAGACUAUAAUACUCGAUGGCCGAGAACGCAAACACGAAAAUGCAUUACGUCUACUAGUCCAUCACCUUGGAGACUACGAUACGGCCGUGGCUUACUGUCUCCGCGGUGGUGCAAGCAUCUACACUAUUUAUCAAACCCAGCAAAGUUUACCACCUACAGACUCAGACACUUCGAAGGCACUAAAGCGCCGUGACAGCAUGCCGCCAACUCAAGACCAGCAAGCUCGGCUCUUCCGUGCACUACUCGGAGAGUUCCUCAAACUCGAGGAUAUUAGCGAUCGAGUGGAGCAGACGGGCUUGCUGCUUGAAAAAUUCGGAAGUUGGUUCGACGUCGGUGAUGUAUUAUCGGUAAUACCGGACAGUUGGAGCGUGGACUUAAUUGCGGGCUUCCUAGUGAAGGCGCUGAGGCGGAUAGUGGUUGAGAAGCAUGAAACUACGGUGGCGAGGUCACUCAGCUCCUCACAGAACCUUCAGACGCAGCAUGAUCUUAUUGUCCAGAUCCAGGAGAAGGGGCCUAGCAUCGAGGUGUAGCGAUGACAAUGUUCGUAUAACGGCUUUACGCCCCCAGAACGUAGCUGGUUUGACGGUAGAUCUUUUAUCUACGCUUGGCCUGAUUCACUGCCGCUUGUGUAAUUUAUACCCCCUAUCUAUACUUGAAAUAUAUUGCGGCAGUUCCAAGAUCGCUGCAUAUUUAUUCAGAAUCACGCCAACUCCAGAUCUAGCA